AUGGCGUCUGGUGGUUGCUCUGCAUCUCUGGCUGCCUCCGGCACAACCAAGGGAAAAAAACAAUGGAAAGAUUCUUCGUUUCCUCUAGCGAAACUAGUCCCGUUGUCCAUAUUGGCAUCUUUGGUUAUUUGCUUCGGUUUCCAGUCGUUUUCAACCGUUCGAGCAGUGACCGCACAGACAGUGACCACCGAUUGCGUUCCGGAAGACAACAAGACUACGUGCUCGUGCGAGGAACAAGGCGUCAAGGAAAGUGGAAAACAGCUCUCCGCUAUCCUGUCGAAAGACAGGAGUGUGCUGACGGUGGACUGUAAAGGGGCUCUGAAGUUUGCACCGAAAGUUGCGGCAGACAACCGUGUCUGCUCUGCGCAGGAGGACUUACCUGCCUGCACGCUCAGUCUUCACAAGCUUCUCGCCGGAAACUCGCCUGACGUAAAUUGGACAGAGUGCGAAACCAACGGCAAAACAAAAGGCGAGUGCAAGAGUCUCUCUAUCCCGCAAGAGAGGCUCCCUUUCACUGACCAACAGUUUGCUGUUGGUUGCGUCAGUGCCGACAAUCAGAAGAAGUGCAGAGUUGCAGUGACGAUGAAGGCGAGGGCUAGCUUGACCGAAGGGCAAACAGUCACUUGUGCCUACGGAGCCGGUAGCAACCAGUUGCACCAAACUGUAAAGCUAAACCCGACACACAACAGCUUCACUCUGGUGUGCGGAGAGAAGGGAGAGGUGUUCCCGCAGAAGUACGACGAGACUUUUUGUACAUCUGAGCCGAAGGGGAAUGAGGAAGCCUGCAGUGGCAACUACCAGUCUGUUCUUCCUGGCUACGAGAAAGAUUGGUGGAAGGAGGAUAAAAAAGCGAGGUCGUUUACUUUUUCUAUCCCGGUGGAUCAGUUUCCGAGAGAGCCGACGAAGAUUAUCGUUGGAUGCCAGCACAGCGAGAAGUCAAGCACAGACCAGGAGAGCGACGAGGAGGUACCUGCGCCGACAGCGUGUAGCGUUGAUGUAACUAUAGAGUCGAGGGCCUCAGCGCUGUCUGCGGCGAUUAUCGGUGAACUCUCUCUGCUUUGGGGGGUUAGUGCUGUUGCCUUCUUUACGUGUACCUAUUGA